AGCGUUAGCAAAGAAAACAUCAUCAAUAAAUGAUUUCUCUGAUAAAUCUGCGACAAAUCCCCUCGAUUUGUUUAAUAAAACUCCGUCCAAACAAAAAACUACUAUCGAUAUGGAUAAACUGGGUACAGACUUGGGUAGUGACAAGAAAACUAAAUCAGUUGAGAAAAGUAAAAAGUCUCAGUUUUCACUAGAUGAUUUACUAGGUACGAGUGAGUCUACGUUAAGAAAAGGUACGGAAGUUGGAACCAGAAGUCAAGAGUUUGACUUUGAUACUAUCUUAGGCAAAAGCGAGUCUAAAAAUCUCGUUCAAUUAAAUAAAGUAAGCGAGAAAAAUGUUUCAAAAGUCGAAAAAGCUAAAGAACCUCCGAAGAAAUCAAAAUCAAAUAAUGAUUGGCUGGGUAUUUUUAAAGAUAAAGAACAAGAAACAGCCCCAGAUAAUAUUGAAAAUGAAAUGCCAUCAUGGCUAGUAGGCAGCGAUACUAAAAAGAAAAACAAUGAAACGAUAUCAACGAAAAAAUAUAUAGAAGAAGAUAACCAAGAAAUGGAAGAAACAGAAGAUGUUACUCAACCUGAUGAUGAAAACGUAAAGGGCAAUAUUAAGGAAAAUACGAUACCAGUGCAACAAAAAAUAAAUAUAGAUCUCAGCCAUGAAGAUCUGACGAUGGAAAGUACUGCUUUAUGUCUCAAGCAGCAAGAAGCUCAGUUGAUGGUGGCACUACAGCUCAAAGCCCAAGACGACAAGCUUGCAUCAAUGCAGAUAAGGCAAAUGAAUAGUCAGCGAGUUCAAAAGGAAGCAGCACUAGCCCAGCAUGAACAGUUGGACGCAAUGCUGAAGAAGCAAGCGGAACAUAGACGCCAGAUGCAGAAUGUAAUAUCGGCUCACCAGGAGAGAAUCACGCAAAGGAUUAAGGCUCUGUUAGGUACAGCAGAUCAGGAAGAAGGCGCAGAUUUUGUAGAUUUCACUGGAAAUAUAACAGAAACUAAAGAUACACCACAUUCAAAAGAAAAGAAACAACUAUUGCAGUUAGUGCAGUCAUUGCAAGAGAAUCAUGAUAAAGAAAUCGACUUGAUGGAAACUUCGUAUAGACGGCAGCUAGAUUUUCUAGAAAUAUCUUACGUUCAAGCAGAGCAAAGAAUGAAGGAUGAGAGUGAAAAGCUUGUGAAAUUCUACACAGAAAAGAUCAAUUGGUUAGAAGAACAUCAUAACUUAUAUAAGAAAAUGACGGAAGAUAACUUGACUUCACUUGUCGAGAGACACAAAAAUGAAAACGAAAUGUUGAGACAGCAGCACUUGGAGAAUAUAAAAGUAUUGCAAGAACACCACGGGGCUCUAAUGGAAAAUGUGAAAAAUGCAACCAAACAAGAGCAACUACUUAUAAAAGAUUCCGCCGGCUUUUCUACUAACCUUCAAGAAUUGUUAGUAAAUGUAAAAGAAAGCAACGCUAAAGCUGAACAGUUUUACGACAAAAUAGAUUUGAUGACAAAAAACAAUCAGCAGGAUUCUGAAAGAAAUAUUCAAAUGAGAGAAACACAAAUAACUGAAAUGUUGCAUCAGUUAAAAGCGGAUCGCGAGAGUUUUGAAAAGGAGAAAACAGAAAGAAGAGAAAUAGAGAAAACCCUUGAAGCUCGUAUUAGACAAAUGACUACUAUGAUUGAAGAAGAAUCAUUCUCAUUGAGGCAAAAGAAAAUGGAUUUUGAAUUUGAAAAAGCAACGUUUAGCAAGCAGACAGAAUUUGCCAAAAGCCUUUUGAAGAAGCAAGACGAAGAUUUAAAGACCUUAAAAGAUGAAAUUAAUAAAGAGUAUCAAGAAAAGAUUUCUAAACUAGAAGAAGAAAAAGCAAAAACUAUUAAAGAUAGUGCCUUAAUUGCUAAAGAAAAAGCUUCUGUUCAAAGUCUUAAAACGGAACUUGAGAAAACAAAAGCAGAAUUGCAAGCACAGUUAGACGAAUUGGCUGAGGAACGAUCAAAAAUUAACAGAGAGAAACAAGACAUACAUAUUGAGGAACAGAGGAUCCAUGCAAAAUCCCGUGAUUUAGAGCUUCUAGCAAAAUCUGCCAUUGACAAGCAAACACAGGCCGACAAAAAGUACUCGGAAGCAGAUUUCAUACAGAAGAAAUUCGAAGAUCGCAUGCGUAGAAUACAAGAACACGUUGUCUCACUAAACAAUAGAGAGAAACAGAUCGCAAAAGAAAAAGUUGCGCUCUCUAGAGAGAGAUUAAGCUUGCAUAACGAAAGAAAAGAAAUAGAGGGUAGAUUGCAAUGUUCGUUAUGUAGAAGUACACAGUACAAUGAGCAAUAUGUACCACAGACUUUUCAGUUUGUUCAUACGCCCGCUUCAAGAGAUUAUGAAAAAAGAACUUUUACAAACAUAGAACAAGAAAUGGAAGAAUUUAUGGCAAGAGUUAGACCUGCUGUAAGUUUGGAAGAUGAUAAGGUAGAAGAAGUGUUGCCACAUACGACUGAAGUAAAUAGCAACGUUCUUAAGGAUUACAUGGAUCCCAAGUUUAUGAUGCUACGUCUCGAUGUUCAGCAAGUAAUAAGUAAUUUGGAUCAAAAUAAGAGCACUUCCAAUAAAAUUGAAAAUAGAGAGUAGACCAAAUCAAAGAGUAUGUAAUUACUUACCUAUUAAUUAUAGAUUAUGUAGUUAUCACUUAAAAAAAUGUCUGACCUUAUGCUUAUUUUUCUGUAAUAUUACGCGUGGGCCGUGGUAAAUAAAAUAAGAGAGAAAUAAAAUAUUAACUUUAAUUA